UCCAAUGCAGUGGCUCUCGUCGUUGAGGGGAAGGACGGGCGUGCAAGCGAGCAUGCACCAGCUGCUAGAUGACUGGAUCCCACGCGUCAUGGGAGAUCAACCGGAUGACGCCCUAGGCGAGAUGGUUUUCAUCAGAGAGUACAUCAAGCAAACAAAACAAGACCCUUCAUUUAGGGAUAGGCCGUUCAUCGCAAAAGCUGUUGACCUAGGGUUUGCGGGGACUAUGCUUCUUGCGCAGUUAGAGUCGAUGGACGUUCAGAUGACUCGAUCGUCAGAUGGGUCAGAGAUCGUUCAUCAAAUCCUCCGAUCUCUAGUGCUCGCACUCAGAAGAAGCAGUCUCGCCGCGAACCUAGUGCUGUAUGCUCUUUUCGCUCCUGGCCUGAGCUCGGAUUCAGCUGGACUCAUCGAUGCACAAGGAUAUGAAGUCACUUGGCACCCCGGCACUUCCUGGAGAGGCAUCGACCUCGAGCAACUGGCCUCCUACUGGUGGAAAGCAGCUGGGAGCGCGAGGGAUCCGAGCUGAGCAUCCGAAUUCUUUUUUAUAUUCUUAACGCUUGCGGAUCGUCUGGUGUGGGUGACAAGCUAUCUAGCUGGAAAAGGGAGAGGCUUGCUGCUAGCCGCAUGUAGAGACCAACUUUACAGCAGUGAAAGUUUUGCUAGG